AGCAGGUGGAGGGCUGGCGGAGCAGAGGCAGAGGGGCUGCCGUGGCUCGGCCUCUGGGGCCCGAGCUCCAGCGCCCAGCUCUCCCCUCCUUGCUGGCCCCCGAUGCCUGCCAGACUUUUGUCUUUGCCGGAGCCCCUGCCGGACCAGCUGCCCCUCCCCGUCCAGUUGGGAUUUGGGGGCCGAGCUGUCUGGGGUCCCAGGGCCAAUGCAGUGCCGGCUCCUCCGGGGCCUGGCAGGAGCCCUCCUCACCCUCCUGUGCUUGGGGCUCCUCUCCCUUCGCUACCACGCGAGCCGGUCCCCGAAGAGCGUGCAGGAGACCCCCGGGCUGAGCCCACCGAGCCCGCCGCCCCCGGAGCUGCAGCUGCAGGACGUCUACAUCGCCGUCAAGACGACCCGCGCCUUCCACCGCUCUCGCCUGGACCUGCUGCUGGACACGUGGGUCUCCAGGACCAGGGAACAGACGUUUGUCUUCACUGACGGCCGGGAUGAAGGCCUCCAGGAGAGACUGGGGCCCCACCUAGUGGUCACCAACUGCUCUGCGGAGCACAGCCACCCAGCCCUGUCCUGCAAGAUGGCUGCUGAGCUGGAUGCCUUCUUGGCCAGUGGACUGCGGUGGUUCUGCCACGUAGAUGAUGACAACUAUGUCAACGCAAGGGCGCUGCUGAAGCUGCUAAAGGCCUUUCCGCAGACGCUGGAUGUGUAUAUCGGCCGGCCCAGCCUGAACCGGCCCAUCCACGCUGCGGAGCCGCAGCCCCACAAUCGCACGAGGCUGGUCCAGUUCUGGUUUGCCACUGGGGGUGCUGGCUUCUGCAUCAGCCGGAAACUGGCUUUGAAGAUGGCCCCAUGGGCCAGCGGCCCCCGCUUCGUGGACACAUCUGCGCUCAUCCGGCUCCCUGACGACUGCACGGUGGGCUACAUAAUCGAGUGCAAGCUGGGUGGCCGCCUGCAGCCCAGCCCCCUCUUCCACUCCCACCUGGAGACCCUGCAGCUGCUGGGGGCUGCCCAGCUCCCGGAGCAGGUCACCCUCAGCUACGGCGUCUUUGAGGGGAAGCUCAACGUCAUUAAGCUGCAGGGCCCGUUCUCCCCCGAGGAGGACCCCUCCAGGUUCCGCUCCCUGCAUUGUCUCCUCUACCCCGACACUCCCUGGUGCCCACAGCUGGUGGCCCGAUGAGCCCGGAAAUGCCGGGGGAAUGUGGACUGAGGCCUCUGGUGGUCCCUCGCCUCCCAAGGCAGCCCGAGGGCCGGCGGCAGUGCCCUGGGUGGGCAGUCCCCGGCAGGGCUGCCGAGUGCUGGGCAAGCCCAGGAUCGGAUGGUGACAGGUGAUGAAGGCAUCCCAGGCUCCGGAGACGAGGGUCGGAUGGCCCGGGAACCCGGUGGAGUCAGAGAGGCCCCAGGGGCUGGGCUCCCAGGGGCCCUGGGUGGCUGAAUUGAAAAGGGUGGGGGCCGUUGAGCUGGCCUGGGGCUCAGGAGUCUGAAACCGCAGCAACAUUACAGGGGCUUCUGGGUGGGGGGUGGCCCCAGCCCAGCUCUGGUCUCUGUCACUCCCUGGGUCAAGCACUGGGCCCGCCACUCACUCCUGGGUCCCUGGGCCUGGUCCGCAACCUCGGGGCACCAGGGGGCAAGGCGGCCGAGGGCAGGGUCUGUGGCAGGUGCUGUGGUUGCUGGCUGCCUCCAGCUCCUUGCCCCCCGCCCUGGCUAACAGGCCCCGGUUUUGUUUGGAGGGUCAGCCUGCCCGGAGCCGACGAUGGAUCAUCAUGGGUCCCAGCCAAGCCUGACGAGCCUUUUGCUCACUCUCAGCUCCCCGUGCGGUUAGGCGCUUCCAUGCGCCCAGCUCUGCUAGUCAGAGCUCUGUCCCUUCCUGUGAACUGGGCAAGGCCAAGGGGGAGGAGUCCGGGGAAAGUGUUGCCGCCCCGCCCUCGCUCUUCCCGCUGUGGAUGUGGGUGCGAUGUCUGGAUCUGGGCAGCCACUUGGCGGCCAUGAAGGAGAGGCCAGGACAACCCUCCGCACCUGUCUUGUCUAGCAUCUGGUUCUGUGAGAAAAGUAAAGCCCUGUUUGUUCAAGUCU